CUAGCAAGCAGUUCGGUAAGCAGAACAGUCAUCUUCGAACUUUGGCGUGUGCUGGUAUGAAUUUCCUGCACAUACGCUCGUUGAUCUUGUGCUAUUUGCUCGUAUUGAGUGUCUCGAGUGGUAAUAAAAUGGCUGAGGGAAAGACUGCCUUAGUGCUCAUUGCUGAUGGCUCUGAAGAAAUGGAAGCUGUCAUCUCAAUUGAUGUUCUUCGACGAGCUGGGCUGCAUGUGACAGUGGGACUGGUGAGUGGCACUGCUGGCAUUGCCACCUGUGGCAAGGGAGUCAAGUUGGCCGGUGACGUGUCAUUUGCUGAGGCCGAGUCCCUUGGGCCGUAUGAUGUCGUGGUGGUCCCUGGGGGCAUGGGUGGCUCCAACAUUAUGGCUGCAGACUCAGGAGUGAAGAAAUUGCUGUCAGAGCAAUAUGCUUCUGGCAGGAAGGUGGCUGCUAUCUGUGCUGCCCCCGCCCUGGUGCUGACGGCUGCGGGUGUGGGUGAAGGUAAGCGGGUUACCUGCUACCCGUCCAUGGAGUCCCACUUUGGCGACAAGUACACUUAUGUGGCCGGCGAGAAAGUUGUUGUCGAUGGUAACUUGAUCACGUCGCAAGGCCCCGGCACGGCUUUCGACUUUGCCCUAAAGGUCGCCGAGGAAAUUGUCGGUGCCGAAAAGUCCAAGGCUGUGGCAAAGGCCAUGCUCUUGUGAGAUUUUUCUUUGACUUUUUCUUGCCUAGUGUUAACCCUAUUGGAGCCCCGGCAGAUAAAUCAAUUAAUGAAGUCUUAUUAUGAGGCGCGCGAAGACGUGAUCUGCUGCAACGUUUCCACGAGAGAUUUCCCACUCAACUCUAAUCUUGCCAAAUAUAAACUGAAAAGCUUUUGUUGGUUACUACGAUUUUGCGAGCUAAUUGUAUUCCUAUAAUUAAUAAAUUAAUGUUCACUCCGUAAAUCUGGCGCAUCAGCUGUAGUAUUGUUUUUGAAUUUGUUGUUUUCUCUUGAGCUCUGCAUAAUUAUCGGGCUCGGAAAUUGGUUUGGCGCUAAUUAUGUAACGCUUGAUAUAUUACGGUUUGUGAUAUCAGGAUUAACUUUAUUAAGAUGUAAUUAGUAUUACUGGAGCGCGGAAAAAGCGAGCUGACGGUAGAAAAAGAAGUCGAAAGUAACUCGUGUGUUGCCCCAUGCUUGAUGGGCUUACCUGCAUUAUCGGUAGAAUUUAUUUCGUAUUUUAUUCGUUAACGAAUUUAUUCAUCUUAACUUUCGUGUAGUGAUAUUCCUUAUUGUCGUUAUAGUUCAAAAUAAAUCGGCGCCAUUCGUUUCCGAAUUUUUCAUCAUUGAACCCAUUUGGGUUUGUGUUGACCAUCUUGGUUGUCGGGAAUAAGUUGGUAAUUGAAUAUAUUUAAAUUUAACUUAUAUUCACAAAUUUUCUAUGCUAGUCAGUUUCAUAAAUGGAGAUCCAACACCACAGCGUGUUUGUUUAUUCGAGGUUGGAGACUUCAAAAUGUCAGAACAAUCGGAGCCGAAAUACUCCCUGAAGUUUUUUUUUCAAUUUCGUUGUGAAAAAAAGCAGAUUUUUCAAUGUCAUGUGAAAGAAUGAAUAGAUUGAACUACUUAACUACUGCUUUGGGCCGAUUAUUUUUUCUACGCUAAGCUCAUUUUUUCCGUUCUUUUUAUAAAUUGAUUUAUAGCUUAUUCGAUAUUACGGACCAGUUGUCGAAACUUGAAUCUGGUGGCCGUACACCUGCUUCAGCGAGCACUCCGUUCAAUAGUAACCGGGUUCAUGGACGUAAAUAAUAUACCGUAAUCCUGAUAGCGUAUUUAAAUUUAAAUAGAAUAAAAUCGUCUUAUGUUUCAUAAUCUUUGUAACCUUUGUUUCUUUGAGAAGAAUUGACUCUGUGUGCACCUGUUGGCGCUUAGCGUUUGGCUGCUUAGUUCUUCAAAAUAAACUGUUUUCUGAAAGCAA